AUGGGAAUCUCCAAGCCCUCCACAGGUUCGCCUGGCCCAUUAUUGUUCCUAGGCGACACCAAUGCCGUGCAAGCCAGCUUACACGAACGCAACAAGAACUUAUGGUAUCACAGCAUCGCCACAUUCACUACCACAUCAAACAAUACGAUGCGCAACUUAGCCUUCCUUCUUCUGGCGUCCAACGCCCAUGCCAUCCCUACCGCUCUUUGGACGCGUACUGAUAAAUGGGAGCAAACUACAUGCUCCGACGCCAAUGUCACCGAUGCAAAGGUUCUGGCUAAUGUCCGGUGGGCAUCAGCUGACACGAAUACUUCGUGGAAAGAAGCUGUUGCUGCAUGGCAAGCCUACAAACCAGGAACAACUUCAGCCCAGCUCAAGUUUCCAGCAUUUAUCAGCGAUUUUUACGGCGGACCGGAGGGUUGGGAUUGCCAAGAUCCUGUCAGCACACCAUGUUCAACUACGGUUCAGUGUGCCGAUACAAAGCACCCAGCAGGAUUCCUUCUCCUCAACUCUUUCUCCAAACUACACGAUUUGAGCAUAUCUGCCGCCAUGGGAGAUUUCACAUCUACAUUCGCACCUCAGCUGAAGGCAGAUGAUCAGUCGACUCUCAUUAAGACUAUACUGGAUGUGAUGGCAUUUGGCAUCGGCAUGGCAUCAGCCGGCUUGUGGAAUAUCGUCAUCAAGGAUGCCGCGAUAUUUGCGGGCAACAAUUUCGGGUUCGCUAAAGACACGUUCAACAGCGCCAUAUCCGCCUCAUUUGCUCUGGGAAAAGACAACACGAAAUCUGCCAAAGACUCUGCGAGCGUGCAAAAUGAUUUGACCUCUGCGAUGGGCGCAUUGUUCGACGUAUGGAAGAAGACGCAAGAGGACUAUUUGUCCGAGAUCUUCUCCGGGUCGAAUAGCACCACCAUAGGCAUGCUUGAGUCUUUUAUCAGAGACGGCAUGAUGAACACGCUGCCGGUCGACAUUAAUCUCUCCGGCAUGGUUAACGUGGUCGAGACCAUCAUGUUCGGACAGAUGAUUCCCAUUGCGUGGCAAGUAGCGCCUGCUGCUUACACGCCUUUUGUGCUAAAAACCGGUGACGCGUGUUCCAACACCAUGCCCAACACUCUGAACCCCUACAUGACGCAAGAAACACAUGAUAAGGCUGGUGUAUGCUGGAACGGCAAUCAGUUCUACGUUUUGACCGUCGGUACCUACCGAGUCGACGUGCAAGCCGAUACGCCUGGUCUCCCAGACUCUGACCCGCCCUUCCAGCUGAUGGCGGGUGCCACCCACGACGUGCUCGACGGCAAGAAUUGGGGUGGUAUUACCUUGGAAGAUAUUGUCAUCAGCUCAUACGGCGGCUAUUUGAACAACGGGAAUCGAAAUGGCUACACCGUCUCCCUGGACGAUAGUGCCGGAGGCGUGGAUCAGCUUAUGUGGACCGGGGGCGUCCAGACACCCGGUUUCUUUUCCCUCCCUGUAUGCACGAGUCUGUGGAAUACACUGAUGAACAUUGCUGGAAGUCAGGUUGGGAAGGACAACUACCCAUGCGGGGUGGUAGUCGAGAAGACGUACCCAGCUACAUAA